AUUAUUGUUUUUCGUAAUAUUUUUUAUCUCAAAUAUGCCUACAAAAGAACACAUAAGUUGUUGUUACUAUUCGAUUUGACAAGAAUAUCCAUUGAAUUUGGUUGCCGAUUAUAGCAAGACAGCGGCUAGUCUGCAAUGUUUUGUUGUUGAAGACGAAGCACCCAGCGAUCAAAUUAUCAAAACUAACCUCGGGCCCUGCAUGCAUUUUGGCGAAAUUUCCAAACAUCACUCGUACUAUUAAUUCCUAAUUGUGUACUCGCCUUACCAUGAUUACCUAUACUUAGUUUAGGGAAUAAAGGAGUGCAAAUUAAUUAAUUUGACGAUCGAACUGAAAUUACUCGAUGAUUUGAACCUAUCAGUUUGUUUUAUUAGCCUAAGUACUAGAAAAUACAUGCAUGCAGAAACCCCCGCCUUGCUGACAAAACCGUUGUAUUUUCCGAACAGGAAGUAUCUAGAGUAGUUGUCAUGGUAACACGAUAAUUUUUUAAGAAUAUUCUUACAAAUGAAAAUCGCCUAAAAAUAUCACUUUUAAUUCCAAAAUUAUCAAUUUCCCAACAUAUAUAUGUUAUAGGUAUGUAAUUAUACGUAAUACAAGCUUCAAUUUAAGGUAAAAUUCAACCACAAACAAUUCACAAAACGUUUUAAAGUGUUCUUUAUAAAACUAAACUGCCUUUAGGCUUAAACUAUUAAAUGGCUUUAUCGAUAAACUUUGAGUUUGCAAUAAAAUGAUUUCAAAUUCUCGCUUGCAAAUAACUUUGAUCUUUGCUUUAUUUUUUAUUUAAAAAAAUCAAUAUAAUAAAAAGGGAAUCAAUACGAAAGUUACACUGAAAUUUAUAUAUGCUGUCUUGUUUAGUUGUUUCAUAUACGCAAAGGCCGUCGGGUUUUAAAGCCAUUAUAAAAUCAAUAUUUAAAACAAACUUACCUUCGUUAACGUCGGCUCCCUUCUUUUAGCUGAUUCUUUAGCCCUUUCUUUCUUGAAAUUUACAAAAUCUUGCAGAAAUACGAGCAAAAAUGAAGAAUAUUUGCAAGAAAUUUAUCAAUCAUCAACUCAUCAAAUCCAGAAAUAUUUGCUAUUUCGCUGUCGUCAUGCAGUCGUUACAAUGCAAACUUUAAAUUGGACCAAUCAGUGUCCGUUAUUCAUGACAGUCCGCCAUAUUUUUGAGAUCGGUGAGGAUGACCACCCAUCGUUGGUGACCGACGCCCGCGCUCAUUGAUGAACUUUAGACUUCGCUAAUGCUUUCGUUUCCCCGGGUGUAAAUAGCCGGGGGGAAUUAGUACCCUCGCACGGCGCUUCGCGCCGCCGGCUCCGGGAUAAAAAAAUUAUCGGCAAAAGCAGUUUAGUUGAAUGAACAUUUCAAACCAUUUUAUGAAGUGUUUCAGGUUACAUUUUACAUUAAAUCAAAGCUCACAAAAAGGCAAAAUAACAUACCUACAGUAUAUAUGUAUUUCGGGAAAUUAUUGUUUUAUAGUUAAUUUAAAAGUACUAAUCUUUCAACUAUUUUUUCCAUUUUGUACAAAAAAAUAUAAAAAAAUUAAAAUCCUAGCCUUUAAAAUCAGCCAUGUUUGGUUUCACGUUUAAUUGAGCUUCACACUUUUUAUCAGAAGAUGUUCCAUGGUAACAAACAGUGGUAUGAAUAUUCUGCCUGCCGCCAGGGCAUUGGCUGGGGGGGGGCAUGUGGCUUAGGAGGGGGGUGAGCUUUGCGGGAAUUGAUUGAUCCAUAAGGAUUGAAUCAGAUUAUUUAUUUUGGUAGAAACCACUGUUUUGUGUCAUUUGAAGGUUUUCCCACCUCGUAUAAUGAGGUAUAUUGUGAGGAAAUUAAGAAUAACUUCAACAGCUUUACUUUCAAUGCAAUUUAAAUCAUUAAAUGAAGCAGACAUAGUUAUUUACAUUUUAUGGCACUGCUGUAUUCAUUACUGCAUGAUUUAUGUUUCUUACAAUUGAUUACAAUAGAUGUUUUCAAACAAACUGCAGCACUAGGGUGCGUGGUGUGACGAAGUUUACUGCAGCACUAGGGUGCGUGGUGUGACGAAGUUUUAAAAAAUGCGUUUCGAAUGUUUAACAAAAUGCGUUUCCUAUUUAUGAUUGCGAGGCCUUGGAAUCUGCUGCUAAAAUAAGCUUACAGAACGAGAUUGCUGGAUUUUCAAAUGAUAUAUGUACCGUGAUUAAGCCCAUGAGUGGCACCGGCAGCAAUAUAUUUUCCGUCGAGUAAAAUCAGUAGCUGGGGUGUAUCAGAAAACAUUGUCUUUAAUAAUAACACAUGAAAUUUUUCAUUCUGGGCAAUUUUUUUUUUACGUUUUUAAAUGAGGCUUUAGACAUUGGAAAACCAUCCUGAAGUUGAUUUAGGUCAUUAUUUUUGUUUCUUGGCUUUUUAUAAGGUGUUUUGUCCACCUCUUGAUGUGGUUGCCAUGGAAACGUGUUUGUCAUGUUUUUGUUUUGUUGCCUUUUUCUCCCUGAUAAACGCAAAUUUAUGCAUGUCAUCUAUAUUUCUGACUACAUGAAGUUCUUCACAAGGCGUAGAUGCCAACAAUGCAUCAUGGACAGGCUUGUGCAUCUUUUUGUCAGCCAUUGUAAAACGAAUAUUCUACAAGACAACAUACUUUAGAAUUGCAAUUCAUCCAAUUCCGUGUUUCCUCGUUUCUCUUUUGUUCGAUUAUGGCUGGGAAAAAGGUUAAAAACAUUUACAGGAAAAAGAGAAAAGGCAAACCUUUCUCUGGAAAGCAAGGGUAUAAAAAUAAUUCAACGAAGAGCACUGCUGAUGAUUUCGACUCACCAGCAAGCACAUCACAGGAACAUGCGUCGACCUCAAACCCACCUUCUAGUGCAUCAAGAAGGAAGUUAAAUCGGUGUGAAUCUCUUCAAGAAUCGACUUCAGAGGGUGCUUUUGAAAAUGAAGAAAAUUCUGACCAAGGAUAUCGCCUUAUAAACAUUAAAAAACUGGCAUCAUCCAUUUCAGAAGCACAUGUUUGCAAUGAAGGUCAGAAUUUGUUGUAGGUUUUGUGUUUGUGUUAUGUUAUGUUGUUAUGUUAUGUUAUGUCAUGUUAUGUUAUAGUUUCCUAUCUUUUAAUAUACUAUAUGUUUAUAUAUGUAGAGAGUCAUGCACAUGUAUGAUGUGUAUAAUAUAGAUUUGUGAACACUUUCUCAUGGGAUAUAAAUGAACAAUAGCAUCUGAUCAGCCUUUUGAGAAAUUAUGUUUUUCUAUUUGUAGGCAGCUUGAUUAUCCAAGAACAUCGGGAUGGAAAAAGAGGUCUUCAAUCUGAUUUAACUGCGACCUGUAGUUCUUGUGAAGAAGAAUCCUCUUUGGAGACAUCCUUCUUUGUGGGUGGGAGAGGGAAGUCUGCUGAUGUAAACCGACGCGCAGUGUACUAUUCGAUAGAGACGGGUGGUGGAUACGAAAGUCUUGAAUCUUUCUGCAACAUCAUGAAUAUGCCAUGUAUGAGCAAAACUUCCUACUAUCAACAUUUAGAAACAAUUUUAAAUGCUUUUGAGGCUGAAGCUAAGGAAGAGAUGAAACAGGCUGCAGAACGACUCAGAGAACGAAUUAUAAAGGAAAGCGGUUGUGGAGACAAGACGUCAGUUAUAGAUGCUGCUGUUAGUUUUGAUGGCACUUGGGCAAAACGUGGUUUCACAUCUCUCACUGGAAUUGUGUUUGUGAUAUCUGUGGAUACUGGGGAAGUACUUGACUAUCACGUAGUUUCCAAAUCGUGCCAGAAAUGUAGCUUGAAAAAAGCAAAGUGCAAAACGGAUGAAGAAUUUGAAUAAUGGGAAAUUGAGCAUGUCUUCUCUGGAGAAUGCGACAUCAACUUUAGUGGCAGUUCUCCUGCUAUGGAAAAGGAAGGUGCUGAAAUUUUGUGGAGAAGAUCUCUUAACCGCCAUAACAUUAGAUAUAGGUGGAUGGUUUCAGAUGGUGACAGCAAGGCUUUCAGUGCUGUGGAGGACACUUAUGAUGGAAUUAAAGUGGAAAAAAUGGAUUGUGUUGGCCAUGUCCAGAAACGUAUGGGGAAGCGCUUAAUGAACUUGAAAGCAACCACAAAAGGAAAACUUGAAGAUGGAAAGACCAUCGGAGGACGCGGUCGACUCACUGAUGAGAAGAUAAGGCAAAUUCAACGAUAUUAUGGAUUAGCAAUCAGGCAAAAUACCUUGUCUGGUGCUAAUCCAACUGAAAAGGAUGUUUCAGUUGCUGUAUAUACAAUGAAGAAAAACAUCAUUGCAAUUUUACAUCACUGUGUAAAAUCUGAAGACAGGGAAAAGCAACAUCGUUUCUGUCCUGUCGGAUCACAUUCCUGGUGCAAAUGGCAGCAAGACCAAGCCUUAGGAACAUCCAUGUACAAGGGUGAUGAUUGCUUGCCUCAUGUGUUUCUGGAGUUACUGAAGCCUAUAUUUAUCACCCUAAGUGAUACUAAGCUGCUGGAAAGGUGUGUUCGAGGUACAACCCAAAAUAAUAAUGAAAGCAUUAAUGCAGUAGUAUGGGCGCGGUGUCCUAAGCACAAGCAUCAUGGAGCAAAGGUUGUCCGAUGUGCUGCUGCAUCGGCAGUUUGUCACUUUCACAGUGGUGCCAGAAGUAGAAAGAGAGUAAUGAAGAGAUUGGCAAUACCAGCUGGUGAAUUUACAAAGAAAUCAUUACUCUCGAAGGACAGAAAACGUAUCAGACAAGCUGACAAGCAGACAACAGAGAAACAUAAAAAACGUCGCCAGGCUGAACAACUGCAAAAAACCCGUUGUGAAGAAGCUCUACGUAAAGCAGAAGGAACAACUUAUGAAGCAGGAGGUUUCUAUUUAAGGCCAGUAUUUCUAAGAUAAAAAAACUGAACAAAUAACCUCACAAACUGCUGCAAAUGAAUUGUAUUGUUGUUUCUAAAUUUUAACGCUCAUUUUCUCAAAUUGUGCAGUUUCGGCAGUUGAGAAAAGAUAUCUCAUGUUGUAUUUGACCAAUUAAGCUAAAAUUUUCAGCAUUUGUUUUUCUAGGUGUGCUGUCUUAAAUGAGCAUAGAGAAUUUCUAUAUCUUAUUUGUAGGUCAUUCUAUUGACAAAAACGUCCCUGGUAAAACCUGUCGCAAGUUUGUAGCACUGCCACUGCCGCAAUAUUUAUCAUUAAAAAAAGUUCUAUGCUCAUUUAAGACUGUGAUACCUACAAUCCUUAAAAAUAUAUUCACAUUCAAAAUCCUGGCCAUUUACAACCAGAUAUCUUUUCUCAUUCAUGCCCCUUUUUAGCACCGCAUGAG